AUGAGUGCACCUCCAAAACCACCAUCAAAGAAUCCAAAUCCAGGAGCUCCUCCCCCACCAGCAGGUACUGCUGCUGCUCCAUACCAACCUGCUCCAGGACAGUAUCCACCAGCUGCUGGAGGACAACAGCAAUACCCACCUCAACCAUACCAAGGUGCUCCUCCUCCCGGUCAAUACCCUCCACCAGGACAACAACAACAAUACCAAUACCCACCUCCUGGACAACAACAAGGUGGGCAACAAUACCCACCACAACCACAAGGUCAAUACCCACAACCCGGACAACAACCACAACAAGGACAAUACCCACCUCCAGGACAACAACCACAACAAGGUCAAUACCCUCCACCAGGACAACAGUAUCAACAAUACCCACCACCAGGCCAACAAUAUCAACAAUACCCUCCACCAGGACAACAAUACCAACAAUAUCCACCACCACAACAACAACAAGGACAAUACCCACCUCCAGGAGUAGGACAAUAUCAGCCACCUCCACCAGCUGGUCAAGGAUACCCUGUUUCAACGGCCAAACCAGGUGUGGCAACUGGUAAGAACCUAGUUCCACCUCCAGGAUCUAGAUUCACUCAUGCUCCAAUCAAUCAAUUGAGUAUCAAGAUUCACAGUGCCAAGAAUCUUAUUGCCGCCGAUUUGAAUGGAAAGUCAGAUCCAUAUGUUCGUCUAAGAGUAACAUCCAACUCUAGAACAUUCCAAACUAAAGUCAUUCCAAAAAAUCUCAAUCCAGUUUGGAAUGAAAGCUUCAUCGUUGAAAUUCAAAAUGCACAAUAUGAUCUUGUGGUUGUUGAAGUUUAUGAUAAAGAUGCUGUCGGAAGUGAUGACUUGAUUGGUUUUGUUCCAAUUGAUCCUGCUUUAUUACCAAAGGGUAUUGAAGUUACUACUUGGGAAAAAUUAUCUUGGGUACCACAUGGAGAUAUUAAUCUUUCAAUAACUGCAGUUAAUUUUGGACUUGAAAAUGUUCCACCACAAUAUCCACAAGAAUAUAUUAAUUGGAGAACUGCCUUGCCAUCGGUCAGCAAGAAGGGUAAUGAAAAAUCAAAGAAGAAAAAAGACAAAAACAAAGUAUCAAAGCAUAGCAGUGGUAAAGGUAUGGGUCCAUUCACAGGAAAGGCUCCACCCUACGGCUACACAAUUUUGAAUGGAUGGGUAAAGAAACAAAAAUCCAUAGUUGAUAAAGUAUCAAAAGAUAUUGGAAAAGGUUUUAAAUCUUUGAAAAAAGCUAUUGAUAAAUUAUAA